UUGUAGGGCGCAGGCGGAUCUGCGUCUCGGAGAGAGCGAGAGGUUCGUGCCGCGCGAGGCUGUCAUGGCGACUAACAUCGAGCAGAUUUUUCGGUCUUUUGUCGUUAGCAAGUUCCGGGAGAUCCAGGAGCAACAAUUCGGCGGUGGGAAGGUAGGAACUCAACACAAUGGUGAAAUAAACUCAUCUGAGCAAGUAAACCAUUCAGAUGAUACAAUUGCAUCUAUUGGGAAUCUUCAGAAUGAUCCACUCGUGCAGAAGAUAGAACAAGUAUUAUCAGAAGUGUUGGGUGCAGAGCCACAGUACAAAUCAGAUGGCCGAGAGGAUGCAGUGCGGAAUAAAUCUGGCUCAACUAAAAGAGGCUUAUCUGAAGAAGUCCAAGAUGAAAUUCCAAGGAAGAAGUCUAAAAAGGAUAAGAAACACAAAGAUAAGAAAAAGAAGAAGAAAAGAAAGAAGGAAAAAAAGGAGAAAAAAUAUAAAAAUCAGUCCAAGGAAUCAAAAUUAAAUGACCAGCAAAAAGAAUGUGAAGAUAUCCAGUCUUCUCGUUCAAAACCAGAAAACUCAAGCUUUGUAUUGAGUGCAGAAGAUGAUGCGGAUAUACAGUCUGCAUCUACCUUGAAACAGGGUUCUUCAUGGAUUAAGGAAAAAUCUUUGUAUGAAAACCUAAAUUUGGCCAUGUCAAAUUCACAUGAUGCAUUUAGUUCAGAUACCAGCAAACUGGAUACAUCUGAAGAAGAUUCUACUUUACUCAAUAUUCAGCAGCUCAGUGAAGUCGAUCUUACAAAUGAAAGAGAACUGGAAAAUGAAGUUUAUCAACCUACCCACACCGCUGUGAAUUUGUGCAUAGAGGAUGGAUCCUUAAAUAGUGCUGAUGCUGAAGGUGGUGAUGUUUGUAUAGUCAGAGGUGGACUGUCGAGCAUAAAAGGAAUGGAACAAACUAAGGCUAGUUCAUUGUUGGAGACAACAGAAAAAGUAAGUGUUCCUGACAACAGUCCACGUUCUGUGGCAGUAGAGCUGGAAGAUUUGGAAAUGAGUCUGGAGUCUGACACAAUGGAGGCAAAAAGUUUGGAUUCCAUUACAGAAUCUUUACAUUCAGAAAGCAUGAAACAAUCAGUAACAACUUCAUUUGAAAUGACUGGCUGUAAAUUCGUGAAUCCUCCUUUGGAGGCAAUUGCAGAAGCCAAAGAUUCAGUGACAACUUUGGGAUUUUUGGCUAUGGUGGUAGGGAAAGAUUUUGAAGCAACUUCAGAAUUUUUGAAUACAGCAAAAGUGAAAGCUUCUGAAAGAAGCCCAAGACAUGCUGCAAUUACAGAGAUGAAAGAUGACUUAGGUCAUGACUCUCAGAGAAUUGUCACAGCGAAAGAUUUGCAAAAAACUCUACAGUUUGAGUCUAGAGCUGAACUGAAAGGUUUGGAAGCAACUCCAGAAUCUCUGCAUGCAACCUCUAAAAAAGAUUAUGAACCUGCUGUAGUAAUUCAAGAGAAGCCUCAGCAAAAAGAUUCAACAAGAAUUACAGAUGUACAAAAAUGUGUGGCAGCAGCUCUUGAUGCUGAGACAAUGACCAGCAUGAGAGAAUUAAAAGAAACUCAAGCCUCUGCAAUCAUGACUGAGUUGAAAGAUUCAGGAAAAUAUCCAGGACCUCAGCAAAUUGUAGCAGUUGCAAAAGAUUUCCAAAGAACACCAGAAUUGGAGGAUGUGAACAGAACAAGUUCAGUAGUAUAUCUUUCAGAUGCUGCUUCAGAAUUUGAGAGAAUUGAAAUGAGACGUUUAAAAGCAAAAUCUGAAGGUAUAACACAAAUGGAAAAUUUGAAUACUGUUUCGGAACCUCAUAGAAUGAUGAGUGUGAAGACUCUAGAUCGCCCUCAAGAACUUGAGAAAUUUGUGGUAAAGGACAGGGAAGAUUCAAAAAUUACUAAAGAUUCUGAGGCAGUGAUUGAGGUGAAAAUUCCUGAAAGCAUUUUACGAUCUGAAACAGUUCCAGAGAUUAGUGGCAUUGAAGCAACUCCUAAAACUACAGAGAUAAUGAAAACACAAAACCUGGAAGAUACAAAAUGUGUAGUUGUAAGAGAAAUGGAAAGUGACACUGUGGUGACUUUGAAGGAUAUGAAAAACAUUUCAGACUCUCUAAUAACUGUGAAAUCUUUAGAAAACACUUCAGAAUCUCAGUACAUAAAAGAAAUUAAAAAUGUGGACAUUUUACCAUCUGAUGCGAUGACACCAAGAAACUAUUUAGAAACUAGCCAAGAGCCUGAAGGGGACAGAGAGGACAGAGAUACGGAUGCAGCUUCAGAGUCCCUGCAUAUGAUAUUUACAAACUAUUCAGAACACAGUCUAGAACUUUACACAGAACCUGAGUUUAUGAUGGAGUUGAAAAGUUCAGAAACUGUUCCAGAAUCACGGUGCAUGGUGAAUGCAAACAAUUUGGAAGCGCUACAUCCUAGAGAACUCAAAGAAUCUGGAGAAUCUGAAACAAUAGUUGGGUUGAAUGAUUUACAGAAUAAAUUAGGGCCUCUACACAGACAUGUCAAAAAAUUGGAAGCAGCAUCAGAAUCUCAGGGAAUGCCAACUGAGACAUUUGAAGCUAUGGCCAAGAAGAAACAAAUUAAAACUGUUUCUCAUUUUGUGACUAGAUUAGAGGAGAAGGCUUCUGAUACUACUGGGCAUAUGGAGAAGAGUCUGAAUGAUGCAAAAGCAGUUUUACCAGAAAGUGAGAAAUUGACUGAAAAAGAAUUCAAAAGUACAGCAGAAAAUGAAUUGUUUGCUGAGAGUGAAGGCCCAAUAUUAAUUUCAAAAUCUUUGGAAGAGAUGGAUGUAAUACGUUCAGAAACUACUCCAAAAUUGGGAGCCACAGCUGUUAUACAAGCGUUAAAAGAAACUGCAGAAUUUACAAAUAUGGUAGAUGUUGGUGACCCUAAGCAAACCUUAGCAUUGAAGAAUUCAGCAUCAGUUGAUUUAAAAGAUGAUUCCAAAUUUGUGAAUACCAUAAAACAUUUUGAAUCAAGUUCUGAAUCUCAUCCAGAACAAAAUCUAGAAUUCUUGCAGCAUGUGAAGACAAAAUAUGCAAGAACAAGUCCAGAAUUUCUGCUUUCAAAUGAAUUACGUAAUCAGGAAGAGAAACAGAAAUUGGAAGAAAGGACAGAAACAAGAUUCAUAGCAGCCCCAGAGUCUCUGUAUGUAUCAGAGCGAGCUCUGACCAUAGUUCCAGAAUCUCAUAAGAUUAAUGAAAUGGCAGGUUUGGAACAUGGUCCAGAAUCUACGUAUGUGUCAGAAACAAAUUCAGAGAAUGUCCUAAAAUCUUUCUACAUGAUUCCAGUUAAAGAUUCAAAAUCAGCUUCAGAAUCAAAGAUAAUAGAUGCAAAAGACUUGGAAAUUGAUUCAGAACCUACCCUCCAAGCAGGUGUAGAAAUUGCAAAAGUUCUUCCAGAACAUGAAUCAGAGAUCGUGGAAAUUACUUCAGAUUCUUCCAAGAAAAAUGAAAUGCUGGUUGAAUCACAGCAUGUAUCAGUGUUGCAAGAGUCAGAUGCCACACUGAGAAGUGAAGCAUUUACAUUUAAAAAUUUGGAAGCACAUUCAAAAACUGUGUGUGUGAUUGAUACUGAAAGUUUGGAAGUACCACCACAAUGUGAAGAAUUGGAAGUAGUUGAAAAACCAGAAGGAGCUCCAAGAUCUCUAUUUGCACUAGAUAUGCUAGCUAUAAAAGUAGCUCCUACCUUUGUCCACGUAACUGAGAAUAUAGAGGUAAAAGCUACUAAAACAAUUGAAACAGAUGUAGACAAAACAAAAGCAUCAACAAAGUCUGUAGAAGAAACUUUUGAACCAAUUUGCAUGAUGGAUGUGAAAGAUUUAGAAGUAAGUCAGAAGUUGAAAAGCAAUCUAGACUCUUUGGACAAAAAGGAGAUUAAUAACUUGCAUGCAGAAUCUUCUCAUAAAGCUGAUGCAAAUGGUUCAGAGGCAUUUAAAAAUAGUGAACCAGUUGUAGGCAUACAUAUUUCAGAACACAUGCUGACAGCUGCAGAACGAAAAGAUUCUGGAACAGUUCUAGAACCAGAUGCAGAAUUGGUAAUAAAAUACCCUGAAUCAGUUUCUGAAUCUAUAACCAUUUCAGAGAGAGAGGAUUGUGACACAACUCAGCCUGUGUUUAUGGCAGAUGUCAAAGAUUCUGAAGCAAGCUCCAGUUUUUCAGAUACAAGAGAGAUGGACAAUUUAAAAACAAUGCUGCAGUUUGGAAAAACAUCCACACCUCUGUAUGUGUUAGAGUCAAGGGAUUCCGGUGAUGCCAUAGAAACUUUACCUAAAAUAGAAACAAAAGGUUUAAGAAAAGCACUGGACUAUGAAAGAGUUAUGGAAGGAAAAGAUCCAGUAGCCACUGCAACACACCUAAGUACACCAGAAGUAAAGCUUUCAGAAUCGACCUUUUUGUCAGAAGUAACUGAGUGUGCAUUAGAAAUAACUGAGUCCACGACACAUCUACAACAGGAAAAUACUUCGGUAGUAAAAUACUUGGAAUCCACUUCAGAAAUUGAAUAUGGGCUAGAGACGCAUCGCAACAAAGCUGCUCCAGAAUCUGAAAGCAUGCUGAAGGAGAAAGUUUUAGAAACAGUUUCAGAAAUAGCAUGUCCAGGCAAUAUGGAAAAGUUAGAAGAUAUUCCUAAACAAGGUCAGGAAACAAAAGAUUUAGAAUCUGUUUCACAAUUUGCGUGCACUGUGGAUGCAAAAGAUCUGGAAGGAAGUCUAUAUGAGGAAGUCCUAGAUGUUUCAGAAACUACACCGAAGGUUUCAAGUAUUGUGGAAGUAACAGACUUGGGAACUUUAUCAUCUAUGGUUGCAGAAACAAUAAAGGAUUCAGAAAAAACACUAAAAUUACAGCUGCCUUUUCAGGAAAAAUGUUCAGAAACUGCUUUUGAAAGUACUCUUGUACCAGAUUUAAGGGACACAAAUGCAGAAGUGGAACCAGUCUGUUUAGUAGAAGAAAAGUACCCUAAACAUACUGCAGAAAUGCCAUGUAAUGUAGAUGUCAAAAAUGCAAAGGCAAAUUUAGGUUUUAUGGAUAUAAUAAAGUUGAAAGAUACAGAACCAGCUUUUGAAACAACUACUAAAUAUAAGUCUGUUGGGGAGGUAAAAGAUCUUCAAGUUGCCCAAGUAUCAACAGACAAAGAAGAGCAGAUGGAUUUUAAAGGAAUUUCAAAAUCUGUCUUAAAUUUGGAAAGACAGGACUUGGAAAGAAAUUCAACUUCUGUGCUUUUGUCAAAGGAAAAUAUUUCUGAAGCAUCUCCAGAAUCUCCCUCUAUUAUUCACAUGAAAGACUCUGUACCAGCUCUUGAAUGCAUGAGUGCAAGGAAUAUAGAAAUUUCAGAACAAAAUUCAAAAUGUGUGUCUAUGGCAGAGGUGAAAGGUGAUGGAAUUCCACAAAAUUCUUUGGAGGAGCAAGGUUCCAAAGAAGCUCUAAAACCUGUAUGCACAACAGCAAAAGAUAACUUUGAAGCAAACCAGCAAGUAACUGUGGUGUUGAAAGAUUCAGAAAAAGCUUUAGAACCUGUGCCUGUGGCCAAAGAGAAGGACUUGAAAGUGGGAGAACAGGUUAUUGUGGAGGCAAAAGACUCAGAAGCAGUUCUUCAACCUGUGCACAUAGCAAAAGAGAAAGUCUUGGAAACAACUCUGCAUGAUUCUUUGAAGGAUCAAGAUUCAGAAGCUACUCCAAAGACUUCAGAUAUAAUGAAGGAAAAUGACAAAAGUAUUUUAAAAGACAAGAAAAGUGAAAAAAUAAGUAGCAAAAGUAAAGAUAAAAGUAAGAGUGGGAAAAAAGCAAAAAAGAGUAGAUCAAAAUCUCCUUCCAAGUCCAAAAAGCGUAAAAAAAAGUCUAGAUCACAUUCUACCUCUAGACGAGCACGUUCUAGGAGUAAGAAUGAUUCUAGUUCCAGGAAAAAGCACUCUACCUCACAUCAUAAAUCUAGAUCAAAAUCUGCUGACAAAAAAGAGAGCAAAGAAUCUUCACUGAGAUCUAGACGAAGACGUUCACGGACUUCUGAUCUUCCUAAAUCUAGAUCCAAAUCCCCUGACAAGAGAGAAACUUCAGUGAGGUCAAGGCUGAGGCGGUCCAGAUCUUCUGAUCGUCAUAAGUCUAGAUCCAGAUCAGUAGACAAAAGAGAAUCAGUCAGGAGAAGGAGAAGAUUGUCAAGGUCCUCUGAUAAUCACAAAUCUCGAUCCAGAUCGGUUGACAGAAGAGAGACUUUGAUAAGAUCAAGGCGAAGGCGGUCCAGAUCUUCUGAUCGUCGUAAAUCCAGAUCACGUUCUAUUGACAAAAGAGAGACUUCAGUGCGGACAAGGCGAAGGCGCUCUCUGUCUUCUGAUCGUUACAAAUCUAGAUCCAAAUCCCUUGAUAGAAGAGAGUCUUCAGUAAGAACACAGAGAAGACAGUCCAGAUCCUCUGAUCAUCAUAAAUCUAGAUCAAGAUCAGUUGAUGACAAAAGAGAGACUUCAGUGCGGGCAAGGCGAAGGCGGUCCAGGACCCCUGACACCCGUAAAUCUAGAUCCAGGUCUGCUGACAGAAGGGAGAUUCCAGUGAGGUCAAGGCGAAGGCGGUCCAGAUCCUCUGAUAAUCGCAAGUCUAGAUCCCGAUCAGUAGACAAAAGGGAGAGCUCAGUGAGGAUAAGACGAAGGCGGUCCAGAUCCUCUGAUAAUCGCAGAUCUAAAUCCAAAUCAGUUGACAAAAGGGAGACUUCAGUAAGGACACGGCGAAGGCGGUCCUUGUCCUCUGAUCGCAAAUCUAGAUCUAAAUCAGUUGACAAAAGAGAAACUUCAGUCAGAGCAAAAAGGAAAUGUUCCAGGUCUUCUGAUCGCAAAUCUAGAUCCAAAUCUGCUGAGAACACAGAAACUUCAGCAAGGUCGAAAAGGAGACGAUCCAAGUCUGUUGAUCAUAAGUCCAGCACAAAAUCUGCUGAAAAAGGGGAGUCCUCAAAGUCUAGACACAGAAGAUCUAAGUCAUCAGAUCACCGUAUGUCUAAAUCAAAAUCUAGAUCCAAAUCCUCUGAAAGAAGAAAAGACAAAGACUCUUUAGAUGAGUCAAGAGGGAAACACUCCAAAUAUAGAUCAAAGUCUAAAUCUCUUGAAAAAGCAGAGGGAACUGAAUCUUUGGAAGUAUCUUUAUGUAAUCUCACAAAGUCUCCUGAAAAACAGAAAUCUAAAUCUAGAUCUAGAUCCAAAUCUAUAGAUAAAACAGGAGAGAAAGAGAGUUUACGAAGAUCAAGGAGUAAAGGCUCUAAAUCCCCAGAACUCAGAUCUCGUAGGCAUAGAACAGUAUCACGAUCUAGAAGGAAUCGUUCUCGAUCGUUAGUACGGAAGAGGGCCUCAAGAUCAAAAUCUGUUCAUCGAUCACGAACACGAUCUCGAACACGCUCACGAUCGUGUUCGAGACGUUGGAGGAGGACUAGAUCAAGAUCAGCAUCAAGACAACGUUCUUUAUCGAGGGAAAGGCGAAGGAGAAAUCGGAGAAAUCGAUCAAGGUCUACUGACAGGAGAAGAAGAAGAUCUGAUUCAAGAGACAGUUAUAGAAUAUCUCUCAGAUUACGAUCCCGAAGUCGAACACCUGUCCGUCUAAGGUCUACAGGGAGAAGACGGAGCACCAGUAAAUCACCUGAUCAUCGAAGAUCCAGAUCUUCAAGCAGGUCACCUAAACGUCUAACUGACUUGGACAAGGCACAGCUACUUGAAAUAGCCAAAGCAAAUGCAGCUGCCAUGUGUGCUAAGGCUGGUGUUCCUCUGUUACCAAGCCUGAUGCCUGUUAUAACUCCAGAAAAGAAGGAAGAGAAAGUUACGCAAAAGUCGGCAAAAGAAACAAUAUUGGAACUCACUGAGAAAUGCAAGAAGAUUGCACAAAGCCAGGAAGAUGAUGUGAUUGUGAAUAAACCUCAUGUGUCUGACGAAGAGGAAGAAGAGCAUCCUUUUAUAAAUCAUCCCUUCAAACUCAAUGAGCCCAAACCUAUUUUUUUCAAUUUAACUACUCCUACCAUAAAGCCAGCAGCUCCGAAAACUCAGGUUACUUUGACAAAGGAGUUUCCUGUGUCUUCUGGAUCUCAACACAGGAAAAAGGAAGCUGAUAGUGCAUAUGGAGAAUGGGUUCCUGUUGAGAAGAGCAAAGAUGAGAACAAAGAUGAUGUGUUUCCCAACCCAGCCAGUCUGGAGCCUGUUGACAUCUCCUCAGCACUGAAUGAGCGGCAAAUAGCCCAAAAGAGACUUACAGAAAAUACUUUUGAUCUGGAGGCAAUGUGUUUGUUAAAUCGUGCACAAGAACGGAUUGAUGCCUGGGCUGAGCUGAAUUCUAUACCAGGUCAUUUUACGGGAAGUACUGGAGCACAGGUCUUGUCUUCAGAACAGUUAUCCAACAGCGGUCCCCAGGCUUGGGUUAAAAAGAAAUCAGUGACUGCCAAUAUUAAUGCAUCCUGAGAGCAAUGCAAGAUCCUCCAACAAAGUAAGCAUUUCCUGGUAACGAUAAACAAGGGAACUGGGGGAGGGGGAAGACAUUUUCACUUCUCUUUAGGAGCUGGACUGGUGUAUAGGCUUCCAGAGUUCGGCAAACGCCAGACUGUUUGUUGUUUUGCUAAUUCUGGACUUUCUCAGGAGGCUUAAACUGAUAAAUCACUGAUACUUCUGCUAUAUCUGAUCUAUAUAGUAGUUAAAGGCCUUCUGGAAACUGCAUAUUUACAGUACCAGCAAGUUAAAAGCAGAUGAGGAUACAUUACAUUUGUGAUUUCAUCUGAAGGCUAAAUGUGUUGUGGUAAUAUGCUUAAAGGCAGGACUGUUUCUUUGGUAUAGUUCUACAUACCCACUUAUGAAAACGUAGAAUAUGGCGUUUGAACAUCCUGAAUGCUUCAGCAUUUUUUAAAAAGGUGUGUUUCUGCCAUUGUGGUAGCAGAAAACAGCUUGGAAAAUAUCAGAUGCCUGCUCUGAAAACUCAGUUAUCAGGGAGGAGUUGGAUACGGUUUCUAGUGAUCAGGAAGUAGGAUUUCACUGCUGUGUGCAGCUCCCAGGCCCUAUACCAAGGUUGCUAUUCUUUAGUCUCCCCUUAGCAGUCAUGAUACUUCAAUUUCAGAAUCCUGAAUCUCAGAAGCCGAAUGAAGUGUGCAAGUAAACAUUGCAUAACUUAUUCUGAGCAUAGAAUAAGAGUUAUUUGGGUGUACUGCCCACCCUCCUUGCUGUUUCCUCCCUCCCCAUUUGGUCCUUCGCCAAGCUGCUUGGUGACCUCUGGGUUUCUGUUGCCUCACAGGUUGAAGUAUAGGCGCAAAAAACUCUGGCAGAGUCCCAUAUUCCCCUAUCAUAUUACCAUGAUUGUGUCCAUUUAGAGAAAAAUAUCUCGACGACCGCUACAUUUUUCGAUGGGGAAGAAAGCUGUUUACAAGUAGACACAAGAAGUGCUGGUGGCUGUAUAUGAGAAACAUUGAGUUGGCUCAGAAGAGAUUCUCUAUAAAUUACCAGUAUAAGUAAAGUUUAAUUUCUAAAAUAAUUACAGAUUUUGCAAACGCUGUCAGUGGCAGACAUGGUCUGCUCACUGUAGUCCGUUCUGUGUUUUUCUUAUAGGUAUUCACCCUUGCACCCAGGAUUGGGUAUUCUUGGAGUUCCCAUUUGUGUGGGCUUUUCUUGACAUUGAAUGAAUCUGGUAAAUUGUAAUUUCUUACCUCUUUGGUUUCUAACUCUUCUUGUGCCAGUCUAGAUAUCAGAGUGGACUUUUAUUUUUUGUGUCAGUGUUGAUUCCCUUCCCCACCUGGAAGUUCUUACUAUUAGAUGUAUGUUAGAUAGUUAACUUGUCCUGUAAACUGAACAUGGACUAAUAAUCCGCCUUCCCACACACUAUAAAGAGGAAAUGGUUUUGAUCUAUCUAGUGGCAAGAUAUUCUAAUUUCGCUAGUCUUGUCUGGCAUAGGAAGAUUCACAGACGAGAAAUUUCCAUUGAAGCAUCAUAGUGAAUCUCACAGUGAGAACAUAUAAAUGUCAUUGGAUAGCUAAUGAAAUUAAAGAGAAAGGUUUUCUCAUCUGUGUUUCAAUUAAAGAUUUUUUCAUUAAUCUUUGUUGAUAAAUUAUAUUCAGUUUUUAAGAUACUUUAGACACACACAUGAUUCAAUUUCUUGGCCUUGCUUACAUUCGCUUCCUUCAGUGGUAAAUAAUCCUACUUUGCUGUACCACUGUAUUUGUACCACAUACUAGUAGUACUUCUGCUUGAAUUUUUGCCACGCAAUAAAACUAUCUUUCCUAUAGUCCUAUUGAGUUACUGUGCAAAAGGAAUUCUAUUUGUCAUUUCAUAUACUUGUUCAGUUUCCAGACAAUGCUUGCUGAGCUUUGUAAACAAAGUACAAUCAUUACGCGUGCAUAUAAACUUGACAAUCUUAAAUUAAUCUAAACUAAUUUAAAGUACUCUAUUACUUCUGCAUUGGCAGUAGCCAUGUAUAACGCACAAAAUUUUGCUGGCUAGAUGAGUCAAACUGAGUUCUUUGUUUCUUAUAUUUCACUACUGUUAGAAAGUGUUCUGAAAUAAUUUAUGGGGCUAUAAAGGCUUGCUUGUAGGCUCAGUAACCAGUGAAUAAAACUAGAUUAGGCUGCAUUAGACAAGGAAUUGUGAAAUGUAGGCCAGGGAAGGUGAGGCAUGCUUAAGUCUCAUUGAAAUCAAUAACAUUUCAGUGCACAAAUCAGGUAGUCAACAAUCCUUCGCAUGUCUACUUAUAACUAAGUCCCAUUGAGUUCACUGGAGUUUACUCAUGUGUAAAUGGGUCUAGGAUUGCAUCCUAAACCCCAUUUUCUGUUGGACCUAGGCACACAUGGGGUUUUUUGGAUUCCAUUUUUAAAAUUUAAAACUAUGGGUAAUCACUGUAUGCAGCUGAUACGACUAACCUGUCAAGCCAAUUAGGAAAGUGGAUAUCAUAUUUACAGAGAUGCUUUUCAGAGCUGAACUGCAUUUCAAAACUAAGAUUCUCAUACCUUUAUUAGGUUUAAGUUACAUAAAUUAAUAUUAUAAUUUAUAUCCCACCUUUCCAGACAAAAUGCCCACUCAAGAUUAUGCUUUCUUGCUUUUAAACCUGAAGAGGUUAUUCUUAUUCUCUUCCCCCCCCCCCCCCCAAUAAUUUUGGAAAGUCUAUUGAAAAUUCCUGCAACCUUCCAAAGACCUUGUCAAAGAGUUGGUCUGUGUCGUCUUUGUGAACUGGGAUACACAUUGGUGAUG